CCUGAGACGCCGCGGCCCUGCGGGCGGGGGCUCCGGUCCGGGCUUUGGCUGCGGCCCCGGUGUAGUAGCGGGGGCGGCGGCCGGGGGCUGCGCGGCUCCUUCCCUUGUUGUGUGUGUCGGUGCCUCCUCGCCAUCUUGUUGCAAAGCCUUUUCUUGUCGGCGGGACUCCCGGGGGCCGCGGGGCGGGAGGCAUCAGAGGGGGAAAAAGAGAGGGAGGGGAAGGAGGGAGGCAGGGCCGCCUUUUGUUUUUUUGCACCAAAAUUUUUUAAAUUUGCAAAUUAUAUUUUGCAAAUAUUUUGGGAAACAUUAAUUUUUUCUCUCCGUGCUCUCCCGUUCUUCCUUGCGGAGUGCGCUGCGCCGCCCAGCCCUGUCGCCCCCCGGAGGUGAUCCCUCCCUCCUGCCUGCCCGCCAGCCUGACCUGUGCCCGGCUCGCGGGCCGCAGUCUCGGCCCCGGCGCGCCCCCGGCAGCUCUCGGCGCGAUGAGCAUAGAGACGCUACUGGAGGCGGCCCGCUUCCUGGAAUGGCAAGCGCAGCAACAACAGAGAGCACGUGAGGAGCAGGAGCGGCUUCGCUUGGAGCGGGAGAGGGAGCAGGAGCAGAAGAAGGCCAGCAGCCUGGCCAGGCUGGCCCAUGCCCUGCCCGUGGAGGAGCCCCGCAUUGAAGCACCAGCCCUACCUCUGUCCCCCCCAGCACCCCCUCCAGCACCCCCACCCCCACUUGCCACACCCACCCCACUGACUGUCAUUCCUAUUCCAGUAGUGACCAACUCUCCUCAACCCAUGCCCCCGCCCCCACCACUGCCACCUACAGCCCAGCCUUUGCCUCUGGCACCUCGCCAGCCAGCCCUGGUUAGCACCCCUGGACUCAGCAUUAAGGAGUCUGCUCCCUUGCCCACUAGGCCACAGGUGCCCAAUCCCACUCCCCUGCUGCCAGACUCCAAGACCACCCUUGCGCCCACUGGCAGCCCCAAGCCUUUGCAGCCCCUCCCCACACCCAUUCUGACCAUAGCACCUCACCCUGGAGUUCAGCCCCAGCUGGCCCCCCAGCAGCCACCCCCACCCACUCUUGGGACCCUGAAGUUGGCACCAGCGGAAGAAGUCAAAUCCAGCGAACAGAAGAAGAGGCCUGGGGGGAUCGGAACCAGAGAAGUACACAACAAAUUGGAGAAGAACAGGAGGGCCCAUCUGAAGGAAUGCUUUGAGACCCUAAAGCGCAACAUCCCCAACGUGGACGACAAGAAGACGUCGAAUCUGAGUGUGCUGCGGACGGCGCUGCGGUACAUCCAGUCUCUGAAGAGGAAGGAGAAGGAAUAUGAGCAUGAGAUGGAGCGGCUGGCCAGGGAGAAGAUUGCUACCCAGCAGCGGCUGACAGAGCUCAAGCAUGAGCUGAGCCAGUGGAUGGACGUGCUGGAGAUCGACCGUGUGCUCCGGCAGACUGGCCAGCCCGAGGACGACCAGGCCUCCACCUCCACGGCCUCUGAGGGUGAGGACAACAUAGACGAGGAUAUGGAGGAGGACCAGGCUGGCCUGGGCCCACCUAAACUGAGUCAUCGCCCCCACCCGGAGCUGCCGAAGCCCCCGCCCAGUGCUGCCCCCGCACCUCUGCCUCCCCAUCCACACCCCCACCCCCAACCUGUGGCCCUGUCUCCCGUCCACCUGCCUGGGCAGCAGCCACCGCCACCACAGAAGACACCGCUGCCGGCCCCUCCUCCCCCAGCGGCUGCCCCUGCCCAGACGCUGGUGCCGGCUCCAGCCCAUCUAGUGGCGGCAGCUGGCGGGGGCUCCACGGUCAUCGCCCACACGGCCACCACCCACGCCUCAGUCAUCCAGACUGUGAACCAUGUUCUCCAGGGGCCAGGUGGCAAGCACAUCGCCCACAUCGCCCCCUCGGCCCCCAGCCCUGCUGUGCAGCUGGCCCCCGCCACACCCCCCAUCGGCCACAUCACCGUGCACCCUGCCACCCUCAACCACGUGGCCCACCUUGGCUCCCAGCUGCCCCUGUAUCCGCAGCCUGUGGCAGUGAGCCAGCCUGUGGCGGUGAGCCACAUCGCCCACACCCUCUCACACCAGCAAGUGAAUGGCACAGCUGGGCUGGGGCCCCCAGCCACUGUCAUGGCGAAGCCAGCUGUGGGGGCUCAGGUGGUGCACCACCCCCAGCUGGUGGGCCAGACAGUGCUCAACCCUGUGACCAUGGUCACCAUGCCCUCCUUCCCAGUCAGCACGCUCAAGCUGGCUUGAGGAGGAGGCCACUCAGAGGCCCCCAGUGGGGGCAGGGAGGGGGACCCAUCCCCCGCUCUCCCACCCACCAGCUCCACACAUUCCAGCCAGGCCCAGGCCCAACCCCCCCCACACCCACCCCCAGGCCUCCUAGGGGAAGGGGGUGCAGAGACUCUGAGCCAGGGGAGGGAGGGCCACCCCAGGGAGCUGGGCACAGGGCAGGGGGUUACCCCCACUGCACUAGGACUUGAUCAAGUGAUGAGACACUCUGGUGAAUGUGCCACUCUAUCUGGCCUGGUGCCAGCUCCAGUGCCGUUCCUGCUUCCCCACCUUGUACCCUGCAACCCCGUGCGAUGUGGCUGUUGUGUUCUCCUGACUUCCCCGCCCUGCCUGCCUUCCUGUGCUGCUGCUGCUGCUGCUACUGCUCUGGCUGAUGAGGUGGCCCAGCUCCCAGCCCUCUGACCUGAGCCUCAGCCUUCUCUUCCCAGGCCCUCAGAGGGGAAGGGGGGAGGGAGCAGGACUGAAGCAACUUGGCCCAGGGGGCUGGGGAGCUGGGUGCCUGGGGGGCUCUGCUCUGAGUACAGGUGACAGAUCCUAGGACACAGCUGCUGUGUGGUCCCAUCCGGACAGCUGGGCACCCCAGCCUGGGGCUCUCCAACCCAGUCGUAGUCACUGAUUUGUUACCACAGAAACUAGUUAAGAGGAAACUCUACCAGCAACUCAUCCCAUGCUGUUGCUGAGCUCCCUGAGCCCCCCAACCCCAGUCCUUGCCACUGGGCUCCUGACCUCAGGAGGGUAGGCUAAGGGUGGGGGGUGGGAAGGAAGGGCUUGGCCAUCCUGCCCCCACGCCCACCCCACCGCUGGCCUGGGGCUGGCCUGAGGAGAGAGCUGCUCUGGAUCUGUCCCCAGCCCUGGGCCUGGCUCUUGGCUUCACAAAAGCAGAGGGGCUGGAGUGCGGUCACUGCUGCUGCCCCAGUUCCCUGGCCUCUGCUCAGAGCCGUGCGCGCCCCUGAGGGGUGGGCAUGCUGGAGUGCCUCCUGCAGCCUCUGGUCUGGGUCUUAGGAAGUCCAAAUCCACGGCCUGGGCCAAAUCCCCCGCAUCACCCCCUCC